UUAUCUAUACUCCAGAGGUCAUUUCCUGUUAGUGGUCGCUGAUUGUCGCUAGAUUCCCGCUGCCGUAUUGACACGUCACGAAGGUCAGGAACGAACUGAUGGAAAAAUGGCGACCACCUACAACACCUUCAAUUUGCACACGGCCCCUGAGAAGUUCUACAUCGAAGCCUGUGAUGAUGGUGUUGGAGAUGUCCUCGCCAUUGACAGGGUGUCCACAGAAAUGACCCUGACAGUGAGGAAGGACGUCCCUCCUUCAGCAGUGACACGACCAAUAUGUGGCAUCAUGGGAACCAUACGGCUGGUGGCCGGCACGUAUCUCAUCGUCAUUACAAAGAAGAAGAAAGUGGGUGACCUGUUUGGCCAUGCGGUCUGGAAAGCAGCUGAGUUUGACAUCAUUUCCUACAAGAAGACAGUUCUGCAUCUGACUGAUAAUCAGAUGCAAGACAACAAAGCCUUCCUGUCCAUGAUCAACAGCGUCCUGAAUACAGACGGUUUCUACUUUGCCACAGACUAUGACCUGACGCACACGCUACAGCGCCUGGCCAACACCAGCCCAGAGUUUCAGGAGAUGACCUUACUAGAGCGGGCGGAUCAGAGAUUUGUGUGGAACGGUCACCUUCUCAGAGAAUUCAUGGCACAGCCUGAGCUACACAAAUUCGUCUACCCGGUUGUUCACGGCUUCAUCACUAUGAAGUCGUGCUGCAUCAAUGGCAAAAUCUUUGACUGGAUCAUCGUUUCCAGGAGGAGCUGCUUCCGCGCUGGUGUCCGCUACUACGUCAGAGGUAUCGACUCUGAGGGUCAUGCGGCCAACUUUGUCGAGACAGAACAGAUUGUUCAGUAUAAUGGAGGAAAAGCAUCAUUUGUUCAGACUCGUGGCUCCAUCCCGUUCUACUGGUCUCAGAGACCCAACCUCAAAUACAAACCAAAACCACAGAUCAGCAAAAGCAUCAAUCACCUGGAUGGUUUUCAGAGACAUUUUGACUCUCAGAUCAUCACAUACGGCAAACAAGUGAUUCUGAACCUGGUAUGUUUCCAUGUAUUUGCUCCGUUCACAUUGAGGUGUCGCUCCCAGGCUGGAAAUAUCUCAUUAAGAUCUGUUUUUAUUCUUCAGGUCAAUCAGAAAGGCUCAGAAAAGCCACUGGAACAGGCCUUUGCAAAGAUGGUGGGCAGUUUGGGCAACGGCAUGAUCAAGUACAUCGCGUUUGACUUUCACAAGGAGUGCAGCCGUAUGAGGUGGCAUCGCCUGCAGAUCCUGGUGGACAUGGUGGCAGAAAUGCAGGAUGAGUUCGGCUACUUCCUGGUGGAUUCAGAUGGGUCGGUCCAAAUGCAGCAGGAUGGGACGUUCCGAAGCAAUUGCAUGGACUGUCUGGACCGAACCAAUGUUAUCCAGAGUCUGCUGGCCCGUCGCUCGCUGCAGUCACAGUUAGAGAGGAUGGGAGUUUUACAUAUGGGGCAACGGAUUGAAGAUCAGGCAGAUUUUGAAAAAAUAUACAAGAAUGCAUGGGCAGAUAACGCCAAUGCGUGUGCCAAACAGUACGCUGGCACAGGAGCCCUGAAGACUGAUUUCACACGGACGGGAAAGAGAACCCAGUGGGGUUUGCUGAUGGAUGGAUGGAACUCCAUGAUCAGAUACUACAAGAACAACUUCUCAGAUGGGUUCAGACAGGACUCCAUUGACCUGUUCUUGGGGAACUAUGCUGUGGAAGAGGCGGAUAUAAACACUCCUCUACACGAGCCCAAAGACUGGAAGUUCCUCACGCUGCCGAUCAUCAUGGUGGUUGCUUUCUCAAUGUGCAUCAUAUGUCUCCUCAUGGCUGGCGACACCUGGACGGAGACUCUGGCAUACGUGUUGUUCUGGGGCUCGGCGAGUGUCGUGACCGGCGGCGUGAUCCUCUUCAACGGCCGGGACUUCGUCGAUGCGCCCAAACUGGUGCAGAAGGAGAAGAUGGACUGAACCUGCGUGUGUGGGAAGCAGCUUGGUCCCACCGAGUCUUCAUCCUCCUCCUCCUCAUCCUCAGUCCUGUCUUACUCUCAGCUUCACCGGGCCUGGAGCCUGUACUGACGCCGCGCGGCGAGGAGGAAGAGGACGAAGGCCGGGGGCCGGACGGGACCGAACGCGCAUGGACGCGCCCGCUGCUCUCCACACGGGAAUCGUAUCACGCGGGACCAUCUCACAGAGAUCCCAUAAUUCCAUCUGCAUAUAGGCAGCUUUACAGGAGCAACGCUGGAAAAUCAAGCACCUUAUACUCGUCCGUGAGGUUCUCGGCCCCGUCCUCAUGGUUCACACGUCCCGAAGGCGUUUUUCAUAGACGCCCGUGUCUAAACGCACACGCCUGCCGAUAUUCCACCGGCUCUCAUAAGUCGCAGCUCUCGGACUGUUUGUGUAAAACCAAACGCAUUUGUAUCACAUCUGCCGUCACCUCAAAAUCAUUGUCUUGUUUUCUAAUAAAGAUAUGUACACAAUAA